UGUGGGGGUUGGGCUCAGUAUAAAGCUUCCAGCCACCAUCAUGGAGUCAGGCAGCAGUAGCAGCAGCAAAGAGUACGAUGUGAUAGUGUUGGGGGCUGGUGUUGAGGGAAGCUCGACUGCCUACAACCUCACCAAGAAUGGUGGAGGCAGAGUGUUACUACUGGAGCAGUUCUCUGCUCUACACACUAGGGGUAGCUCUCACGGUGGAUCCAGGAUCACCAGACGUGCCUACCAUGAAGCGUAUUAUGUGCAAAUGAUGAACGAGGCAUAUCAAAUGUGGGGUCAGAUAGAGCGAGAGGGAAAGACGCAACUCUACACUAAAACAGGUAUCCUGUUGUUUGGACCUAAGAACAGUCGAGAGUUGAAACGAACGAUUGAGAGUCUCAAUGUUCACGGGGUAGACCAUGAAGUGUUUAAUGCUGAAGAGGGCAUGAUGAGAUAUCCUCAUCAGUUGAACCUGCCGUCAGAUCACAAGUGUGUACUGGAGAAGGAUGGAGGUAUACUCAAUGCCACUAAAGCUGUUGGUGUGAUUCAGAGGCUGUUCACCGAGAAUGGUGGAGAGUUUUUAGAUGGACACAAAGUGAAGGAGAUCACUCCAGGUCCCAUCAUCAGAGUGACCACUGACCAGGGAGUCUUCACAGCUAGGAGACUGAUCAUCACUGCUGGGGCUUGGGCUCCUGCUAUCAUGGCCACACUAGGAGUACAUCUACCAUUUAAGUUUGAAACAAUGAGAGCAGAGGUACUUUAUUGGAGGGCAGAGCAUCCUGAGCACUACUCACCUGAUGUCUUCCCCACAUUUGGUAUGUACGAUGCCACCCACCAUCCUUUCUAUGGCCUCCCUAUCUUUGAGUACCCUGGCCUUGUCAAGAUUUGCGCCCACAUGUCAGUGUGUGUGAAACCUGACGCUAGGGAUGAGCAGCCCUCACCAGACACAGAGGGUACCAAGCAGUUCAUUGCGAAGUACUUCAAGGGCGUCUCCACCACUCCAAGCGUGUACGAACCUUGCAUCAUCACAAAAACUCCUGAUGAAAAUCCGAUCAUUGCCAGACAUCCCAAACAUGCCAACAUUGUGUUUGGAGCUGGAUUUUCAGGUCACGGGUUCAAGCUGGCUCCAGUGGUGGGCAAGAUACUGACUGAGUUGGCCCUGGACCUGCCUCCAUCUUAUGAUCUGGCACCGUUUAGACUGGACAGAUUUAGCAAAUAUUCAUCGAAGCUGUGAUGUGGUUAAUGUUAGUGUGAAAAAAUUUGCUGUGGUCUUGUGUUUGCAUGAGCAUGCAUUUA